ACCUUGUGACGUAGCGCGGAGGCUUCGGCUGUUUAUUGUUCCUUCCUCACACGGACCAAGAGAACCCAGCUGCCUCCUCCACACGGUUCACAGUCGGUUCAACGAGAGCGUAACGGUCGAGACAGCUGACUGUACCAAGCAGGGGCCAUGGCGUACGCGUACCUCUUCAAAUACAUCAUCAUCGGAGACACGGGUGUUGGGAAGUCAUGUCUAUUACUACAGUUCACAGACAAGAGGUUUCAGCCAGUUCACGACCUGACCAUUGGUGUGGAGUUUGGAGCAAGGAUGAUCACUAUAGAUGGCAAACAGAUCAAACUGCAGAUCUGGGAUACGGCUGGUCAGGAGUCGUUCCGGUCCAUCACCAGGUCUUACUACAGAGGAGCUGCAGGAGCACUGCUAGUCUAUGACAUCACAAGAAGGGACACCUUCAACCACUUGACGACCUGGUUAGAGGACGCUCGCCAACAUUCCAACUCAAAUAUGGUCAUCAUGCUCAUUGGCAACAAGAGUGACCUGGAGUCGAGGAGAGAGGUGAAGAAAGAAGAAGGUGAAGCAUUUGCCAGAGAACACGGCCUCAUAUUCAUGGAGACCUCAGCCAAGACUGCCUCUAAUGUAGAGGAGGCUUUCAUCAACACAGCCAAGGAGAUCUAUGAGAAGAUCCAGGAAGGGGUGUUUGAUAUCAACAAUGAGGCUAAUGGUAUUAAGAUUGGACCCCAGCACCCUACCACCAACUCCACACUGUCUGGUAGCCAGGGAGGUCAACAGGCCGGAGGGGGCUGCUGCUGAAUCCCCAAAACACACACCUCCUUCGACCCAACCCUGCCUCCUCUUUCUCGCUCUCUCUUGCCCUUCCUCGCAUUUCUACAGAACUGUCCAGGCUCUCUAACAGUUUGUUAACCUCUCUCUAUAGAUCCAUUCUUCCCAUCCAUCCACCCCUCCCUCUCUGUGACUAUUUCUCUGUCUUUCAGCCAUGUCUUUACCCGAGUCUCGUGACCUACAGGUCUAGAGGCUGCAUUCUCAUAAAUCGGCCUGACUCUCAACAAUCUUAUGAGGAUCGAGUCAGCUUCACCUGCAGAUAUACCGACCAAAUUUUGAAGUUUAGCAGUUCACAGUUAGCAGUUGGUUGGAUGAACAGGUUUUAAUCAUUUUAUUUAAAACAUCCAUGCAUCUUAAUUCAUGAGGAUGUUGUUGGGAUAAUUUAGUACCUCAGAAUCAUAAAAAAAUUUACUAUAUUUUCAGUAGCAGUGAGUUGACUUUGUCGAGAUAGAGACAGGAUCAUGGUUAGAGAUUAAACUCACUCUUAACAACUGACUUUAUGGAAUAAACCAUGUGCUGUGUUGUGUGUGUACACGUUUGUACAUGUUUUUAAAGAAAAUUACACAGCACGUUGACAACAGGACAUGUUUCUGCAUGUUGAGUCAGUGUUCAUGCUGUGCCUGUGUGUGCAGGGAUGAUAUGGCUAUUCCAGUAUGUCAGUCUGUAAGAUGUAGUUGGCAUUCAAGUCACUCUGUAUAUUUUGUCCAUGGAAAAAAAAGUGCAAAUUAUGUUUUGUUUUUUUGGUGCGUCCUUUCCCUAUUUUUCAUCACGUUAUUUUGUUUCUCUCUUGUCUUAGUGUCCUUUCUGCUGACUUGCUCAUGAUUUGUAUUUAAUGAACACUACAAACUGUUUGUGGCUUAAAAAAGUGUUUUAAAUUGUCUGGGGAGGGAAUAAAAGACCAAACCAUU